AUGGCCAGUGCCAAGGCAGCAUUUAUCUUGGCAAUACUUUGCCUAGCCCUAAUGCAUGAGCUCCAGAUCCAGACGGUUGAAGCUGGAAAAAUAGAUUGCAAGUCCAAAUGUGCAUACCGGUGCAGCAAGGCGUCAAGGCACAAAAUGUGCAUAAGGGCUUGCAACACAUGCUGUCAGAGGUGCGAUUGCGUUCCACCUGGAACUUCUGGUAAUGAAGAUACCUGCCCUUGCUAUGCCAACAUGACCACCCAUGGGGGCAGACACAAGUGCCCUUGA